GUUCAACCUUUCUUACCCUUCUUAAUUUCCCGCAACAUAUGAGAAAAUCUCUAAGCGAAGCCCAUUAAUCUAGGCUUACGUUGGCUGCUCAUUAAGGGAAGCCAGCGUUGUCUUGCCGAAACACGCAUGCUGAGAUACGCACUGGGCAGAAGGCAGUCAUGGACCGAUUUUGCAACAUCCCACUUCUGCGUUCUGUUUCGGCACUGUCAUAUCGCAUCCCAAGCCCUCCAUUUGACCAAACAACAAAACACGAAUUUGGAAAUUCCAUCAUUCGAUUCAUCUGCAUACGCCAAUGUGCUUCAGAAAUGCGUAAUGAACAGGGAUUUCAUAGCCGCAAAGGCACUCCAUUGCGACAUUUUGAAGAGAGGUGAAUGUUUAGACCUAUUUGGGCAGAAUAUUUUGCUCAACUCUUAUGGCAAGUCUGAGUUAUUACAUGAUGCAGUUCGGCUGUUCGACGAAAUGCCUAUGCGAAACGUGGUUUCAUUUGUUACUUUACUUCAGUGUUUUUUGCAGGCAGAGCAAUACAUUGCAGCUGUUGAAUUGUUUGUUAGAUUACAUAGAGAAGGUCAUGAGCUGAACCCAUUUGUAUUCACAACAAUCUUAAAAGUGCUUGUGAGUAUGGAUGAGGCAGAGAUGGGUUCGAGCAUUCAUGCGUGUAUUUAUAAGCUUGGACAUGACUCUAAUCCUUUUGUCAGCACUGCCCUCAUCGAUUCUUACUCUGUUUCUGGACUCGUUGAUUUUGCAAGGGACGUUUUUGAUGGCAUUAUUGAUAAGGACAUGGUUUCUUGGACAGGGAUGAUUACUUGCUAUGCAGAAAACGAUAAGUUUGAAGAAACACUGGGAUGCUUCUCUCAAAUGAGGAUGGCAGGUUGGAUUCCAAACAACUAUACAUUCGCGAGUGUCAUGAAGGCUUGCCUUGGUCUAGAGGCUAUUAAUGUGGGCAAGAGUUUGCAUGGAUGUGUAUUGAAAACUAGGUAUGAGAUGGAUCCUUCAGUUGGUAUUUCGUUGCUUGACCUAUACUGUAAAUCUGGAGAUCUGAAUGAUGCUGCACGUGUGUUUCAAGAGAUUCCUGAACGUGACGUAGUUCAUUGGAGUUUUAUUAUAGCGCGGUAUUCACAAAGUGACCGCUGUGACGAGGCACUGGAAUUUUUCUCCCAAAUGAGGAGAGUAUUAGUUGCUCCAAACCAGUUUACUUUUGCUAGUGUGCUGCAUGCAUGUGCAUCAGUGGAGGCUUUAAACCUUGGUAGGCAAAUCCAUUGCUACCUGACGAAGUCUGGUCUUAAUUCCGAUGUGUUUGUUACAAAUGCCCUUAUGGAUGUGUAUGCUAAGUGCGGAAAGGUGGAAAAUGCAGUAAGCAUGUUUUUGGAGACUGAAAACAAAAAUGAGGUAUCAUGGAACACUAUUAUUGUUGGCCAUGUACAAUGUGGAGAUGGAGAGAAGGCGCUAAAUCUAUUUACGGUUAUGCUUGAAGCUCAGGUACGGGCUUCAUCGGUGACAUAUUCUUCUCUGCUGCGUGCUUGUGCAACCCUAGCUGCAUUGGAGCCAGGUCUUCAAAUUCAUUCUUUGACUAUAAAAACCACUUACAAUCAAGAUCUUGCUGUUGGAAAUGCUUUGGUGGAUAUGUACGCAAAAUGUGGGAGUAUUAAAGAUGCUCGUUUAGCAUUUGAAACAAUGAAUGAGCGAGAUGUUGUUUCAUGGAAUGCUAUGGUUUCAGCAUAUUCCAUGCAUGGUCUUGGGAAUGAGGCUCUCAAUAUCUUUGAGAGAAUGCGCAAAACGGAAGUCAAGCCUAAUCAAUUAACAUUUCUUGGUGUUCUUUCAGCUUGUAGCAAUUCAGGAUCUCUGAAUCAAGGAUAUGCCUAUCUCUUUUUAAUGCUAGAUGAUUAUGGUAUUGAACCAUGCGUUGAGCAUUACACAUGCAUGGUAUCACUUUUGGGGCGCUUAGGUCACCUUGAUAAGGCUGUUAAGUUGAUUGAAGACAUCCCAUUUGAGCCAAGUGUCAUGGUAUGGCGUGCUUUGCUUGGUGCCUGUGUUCUUCAUAAUGAAGUUGAGCUUGGGAAAACAGCUGCUCAGCAUGUGCUUGAAUUGGAACCACAAGAUGAAGCAACUUAUGUGUUGUUAUCAAAUAUGUAUGCCACUUCAAAAAGGUGGAAUAAUGUAGCUUUUGUUCGGAGAAGCAUGAAGAAGAAACGACUAAAGAAGGAACCAGGACUUAGUUGGGUUGAACACCAGGGCAGUGUUCAUUAUUUCUCUGUUGGUGAUGCUUCACAUCCUGAUAUCAAACUUAUACAUGGAAUGCUGGAAUUGUUUAACUUGAAAAGUAAGAGGGGAGGUUAUGUUCCUAAUUGUGAUGUUGUUCUACUUGACGUAGAUGAUGAUGAAAAGACACGCCUCCUGUGGUUACAUAGUGAGAGAUUAGCUUUAGCCUUUGCUUUACUUAGAACGCUGCCUGGAAGCCCAAUCCGGAUUAUAAAAAAUCUACGAAUAUGUUUGGACUGUCAUGCAGCAAUCAAGUUUAUAUCAACAAUAGUACAGCGAGAAAUUGUUAUAAGAGAUAUAAAUAGGUUUCACCACUUCCAAAAUGGAGCUUGUUCAUGUGGUGAUUACUGGUGAUAUGCCUCUGCUCCUAGGCUGUCUAUGUAUCCAUCUAAAUAGAACUUGUCUGUUUUGCCCUCUUA